AUGUCAGCACACAAUACACCUAAAAAAGAUUAUUCCAAUGAUUCAAGACCACAGUCUACAGAAAAUGAUCCAACUCGUUCCAGGAGAGGGGGCAAAGAUUCUCAACCCCCACAACAUCACAAUUCUACUGUGACCCGUUCGUCACUCCCCAAUAACCCAAGACCAGCAUCCACAGGUAAUAUUCCACGAAACACUAGCACACCGUCAUUAAACAAAAAGCAAGGAAACAGAGUAAAAGCUCAUAACAGAUCGCUAUCCCACAACAAAUCCCUGACCAAGUUAUCCACCUCAACUGGUGCAACAGCCCGACCACACUUGAAUCGAUCAAAAUCAACAGAGUUUUUAUUGAAGAGCAGACAGGGAGGUGCUUUAAAAAGAAGUAGUAGAUCCUUAACUAAGAUGACAGCAUUACAACCUAUGACAAAGACAACGUCUAGUCCGACUUUGCCAACACACAAAUCCACGACAUCAUUGAAACGUAUCAAUUCUGCAUGCAAUAUUGGGUUAAAAUCUAGUGCCCGCAUGGGGAAAGCUAUUCUUCAAUUGAAUGACGACGAUGCAGAUUAUGAAGAUGUUGAAAAUCUACUGAAUGACGAAGGCACCGGUCAGGAUAAUGCCCCCGUACCUGAAAGAUUUGAUAGCCAAGAUACUAUUUCAACAACACAUCUGCAGAAUGAACAGAACAUUCCCAGUUUAUAUGAACAAAUAAAUAGAAUAUUGCCAGAACCAACCCCAGCUUCAGAAGAACCUCCUAAGUUUAAGGAUAAACUUGAAGUUGUCGAGGAAGGAAACACAAUUGAUAGCAAGAUUGACCCGAGUCGUCCUGAACUUGGUUCUUCAACAAAGAGUUCUACAGAUGACUUUUCACAGGCAAACAACUUUUACAGCGGGUCAUUAUUAUUGUCACAGUCUACAGGUUUAGUCAGAAAAAUUGAUCCAAAACAUAGUGCCAAUUUGAAAAUGACAGAAGCAUAUCCAACUAUGCCAAGCGAUGAAGCUUUGAAUUCAACAGCGAUAAGUGGGAUUUCAUUCAAAGCCAAUCCCAUGGAGCUCAACAAUGCUGCGGAACCGGUAACUACAAGUAAAAAUGUCAAUCAAAAUAAUUCGUAUCAACCCGACCAAACCAUUUUCAAUAAUUUACAGCGAACAAAUAACCAAUAUUUAAUGAAUAAAAAGCAGCAACAACAGCAACAGAAAAUACAACAAAAAACACAACAAAAACAACAGCAAGUGAAGCCACUUUCUCCUGCUGGAGCUUCCAUCAAUAAUGGUACCAACAAUUUUUCGGAUUUUCUUCGAACUAACAAUUCCACAUCGUCAGCGGAUCUGCAAUAUGGUCAUAAUAUAGAAACUAGAACCCAACAAAGGUUAUGGCUACAAAGAGAAAGCUCACUUAUGGACGUUACAAACCUAGAUGCCAAUCGUAUGUCCAAUUUUUCAAACUUGUCCUUGAACAAUCUAAUGUUUUCUCACAACUACAACAACCAGAGUCAGGCGAAUAUUCGUGACCUUCAGUAUGGCAGCUCUAUUCCCCAACAGCAUCAACCGCUAACCCCCAUGACACCAGCCACACCUGGUAUAGGCAACAAUGGAUCUUAUUCUGGUUCGGAUUCCAAUGGUAACCAAGGAUUGCUUAAUUUAGUACAGGGCACUCUCCCCCUUACAGUACAGACAAAAAUUGAAUUUGAAAGAUUGAAUAGAGAAUAUUUGAAUGUGAGAAGGCACGCAAACCCUAUGGGAGAAAGUUUGAAACGGUUGGAAUCAUACUCAGGCAAAGAACUCAAGGUAUCAAAAACGAGAAAGGGUGAUAAGUCUGCCACAAAUGCCAAUCCAAGCACUUUUGAAGAGUUUUCUCCUACAUUUCAUGAGAAAGGGACUGAGAUAGCCAAUACUUUGAAUAAGCUCUGGCAAGAGGCAAUCAUCUCUUCGCUGUCACCGUCUUCAUCAUCAUCAUCAGCAGCAGCAGCAGCCAGGCCAAACCAGCCAAUUACACAACAGCAUCCUAUGAACCAACGAUCAAUGAACCCGCGCUUAGCAUCUUACAAUCAAACCUACAAUAACUCGAGACAGAAUCAAACAACAAACACACGAGCGGUGAAACUAACUACAGCACAGACAACAGAUGCAGCAUGA